CUGUGCUAAAUUAGAAAUGACGCAAUGCAAGAUAGAAAGGGAAUGGAAUCACAAAAACGAAUCCCUUUAAUAGAAAGCAAUACUUCGUAUUUUUUUGCAUAACUAAAGAAAUGAAUCAUCCUAUAAUAAUUAGACUUGUCAAAACAAACAUAGAAAUAACGUCCAAUAUUAUUUCAAAUCCUGUCUUAAUUCAUGUAGUACCCGUUGUUAAUAGUUAAUCGCGGAGUAAUAUUUUGAGUCCACCCACAGUAGAAAGUGAAGACGAGGACACCAGCUAGCUGAUGAAGCAUGAGUGAAGUGGAGAAGUGCCUAGGAGUUUAUCUACGUCCUAUCUUCAGAUCUUCUGCUUUCCCCCCUCACUAUCUUCUGUUUUCACUCCAGGGUUUUUCUCCAACUGUCAAGAACCGGUAAUAAUCCAUCCACUCAUUCUUGAUUUCUCAAAGCUAUAAUAGUUCCCUUUUUAUGGGUUGUCCCUCGGCUCUCUGAGUCUCGUUGCGCUUUUUUUUCUUCUUUUAAAAACUUUACUUGAUAAUUAUUGAGCUGAGCUUUUGAAGGCGUGAUUUUUUAUUGUACUGAAAUCUUUGCUACAGAGGAAAAACUCUAUUUGAGUUGUGCUUUGUGUGUGAAUCUAUUCUCUUUUUUGUGUUACUUUAUUCUAUGUUUAUGUUUAUCUGUAGGGUACAUAUCUUGUUUCCCACCAACAGCUGCUGAUUCCUUGCAGACCCUUCCUGAUUUGAUUUUGUUAGCACCCAUAAGAGAAUUUGGUUCUGGCUUAGUUAGUGUGGUGGGAAGUAGAUUCUUUCUUCAUAUGGUAGAUUAGAGAGAGACAAAGAGAGAAAAAGGAAAGAUCUUGGUUUGGUGUAAUAAGGUGAAAUGGUGUCUAGAUCGUAUUCGAACCUAUUAGAGUUGGCCUCCGGGGAAACUCUAUCUCCGUCCUUUGGUCGGAUGAGCCGGCGGAUUCCACGUAUAGUGGCUGGGAUCAUGUCUGAUUUGGAUGAUGAUGCACCCGAGAGUGGGUGCUCUGAUCGAUCCUCGUCUUCUUCACCUAGGGACAGGAUCAUCAUUGUUGCUAACCAGCUGCCUAUAAGGGGGCAGAAGAAGUCUGACAACGAAAAGGGUUGGACUUUCAGUUGGGAUGAGAACUCGCUUCUCCUCCAGUUGAAAGAUGGGUUGGGUGACGAUGAGAUGGAGGUGAUAUACGUUGGUUGUCUAAAAGAGGAGAUUCACCCAACCGAACAAGAUGAGGUUUCACAGAUACUACUUGAAACAUUCAAAUGUGUCCCAACCUUCUUGCCUCCUGAUAUGUACACUAUGCACUACCAUGGGUUUUGUAAGCAGCAUCUAUGGCCUUUGUUCCACUAUAUGCUUCCCUUAUCACCUGAUCUUGGUGGUAGGUUCAACCGUCAUCUUUGGCAGGCCUAUGUUUCUGUGAACAAGAUUUUCGCUGAUAGGAUCAUGGAGGUUAUUAACCCGGAAGAUGACUUUGUAUGGAUUCAUGAUUAUCAUCUCAUGAUACUGCCCACCUUCUUGAGGAAGAGGUUCAACAGAGUAAAGCUUGGGUUUUUUCUGCAUAGCCCGUUUCCCUCAUCAGAGAUUUAUAAGACUUUGCCAAUUAGGGAAGAGAUCUUAAGGGGUCUCUUAAACUCUGAUUUGAUUGGCUUUCACACAUUCGACUAUGCCAGGCAUUUCCUUUCCUGCUGCAGCCGGAUGUUAGGGCUAUCAUAUGAGUCUAAACGAGGCUACAUAGGCAUUGAGUAUUACGGUCGGACUGUGAGUAUUAAAAUUCUUCCGGUUGGCAUACACAUGGGGCAGCUCCAGCGAGUCCUUAGUCUUCCGGAGACGGAGGUCAAAGUUGGAGAGCUCGUAAAACAAUUCCACGGCCAGGGAAGGACUAUGCUUUUGGGAGUUGAUGACAUGGACAUUUUUAAAGGCAUAAGUUUGAAGAUACUUGCUAUGGAGCAGUUACUUCUUCAACAUCCAGAGAAGAAGGGGAAGGUGGUUUUGGUGCAGAUAGCCAAUCCUGCUAGGGGUAAAGGGAAAGACGUGAAGGAAGUGCAGGAAGAGACUUACUCUACUGUGAAACGGAUUAAUGAAAAGUUUGGGAUGCCUGGGUACGAGCCUGUUAUCCUGAUUGAUCAGCUGCUGAAGUUUUAUGAACGUGUUGCUUACUAUGUGGUUGCAGAGUGUUGUUUGGUCACUGCAGUUAGGGAUGGAAUGAAUCUCAUGCCUUAUGAGUACGUAAUAAGCCGUCAGGGAAAUGAGAACCUGGAAAAGUUUUUCAGACAAGAGGAUUCGCCUGCUGCAAAGAAGAGCAUGCUAGUCUUAUCUGAGUUCAUUGGGUGUUCGCCAUCGUUAAGUGGAGCCAUCAGAGUAAACCCUUGGAAUAUUGAUGCAGUGGCAGAUGCUAUGGACACUGCCUUGGUAAUGUCUGAGCCUGAAAAGCAGCUUAGGCAUGAUAAACACUACAAGUAUGUUAGCACUCAUGAUGUGGGCUAUUGGGCUCGUAGUUUCUUGACUGAUUUAGAGAGAGCAUGCAAAGAUCACGCGAGACGUAGAUCUUGGGGCAUUGGGUUUGGCUUGAAGUUUCGGGUCGUUGCACUUGAUCCGAAUUUCAGGAAACUUGCAAUGGAUUACAUAGUUUCGGCAUAUAAGAAGACGACGAACCGGGCAAUCUUAUUGGAUUAUGAUGGCACUUUAAUGCCGUCAAAUACAAUUGACAAGAAACCGAGUGCUAAAACUCGUGAGAUUCUCAACAUUUUGAGUAGAGAUGAGAACAAUAUGGUUUUCAUCGUGAGUGCUAGAGGUCGAGAGAAAAUGGAUGAAUGGUUUUCAUCGUGUGACAAACUCGGAAUUGCUGCUGAGCAUGGCUAUUUCUUCAGGGUAAAUAGAGAAGAAGAUUGGGAAACUUGUGUAUCGUUGAUGGAAUGUGGCUGGAAACAAAUUGCGGAACCUGUAAUGCAGCUCUACACUGAAACCACAGAUGGAUCAGCAAUUGAAGAUAGGGAAACUUCAAUGGUUUGGUGUUAUGAGGAUGCAGAUCCCGAUUUUGGAUCUUGUCAAGCUAAAGAACUUCUGGAUCACCUUGAGAGUGUUCUUGCCAAUGAGCCUGUCACAGUUAAAAGUGGACAGAAUACUGUUGAGGUAAAGCCACAGGGUGUAAGCAAAGGGCUUGUAGCGAAACGCAUACUUUCGCUGAUGCAAGAGAGAGCGAUGGCCCCAGAUUUUGUUCUGUGCAUUGGAGAUGACCAGUCAGACGAAGAUAUGUUUGAGGUGAUCAUGAACUCGGUGUCAAUCCCAUCCAUGGCACCUGGUGCUGAAGUCUUUGCUUGCACUGUCGGAAAAAAGCCAAGCAAGGCCAAAUACUAUGUUGAUGACACAGUUGAGAUUGUUAGAUUAAUGCAGGGUUUGGCUUCAGUUGCUGAUCAACAACAAAGGGCACAACAACAAAUGCCCACAUCACUGUGACCCAUGCAUACAGAAGCUAUGUGGUAUGGUUUCCCUAUGAGUUGUAUAUUACACCGCCAUGUAAAAGUUUGUAAAAGGCAACAGUGAGCUAGAAAUGUCAAUUUCUGUUGUUUUAAGUAACAUGUUUGGUUUGUAUGUCAGCAUAAUUACAUGCGUAUGGGUUGCAGAUCUGUAGGGUUAAAAUAUGUUUAUUUGAUUUGGUGAUUUGCAUUUAGAUACCUCUAGCUUAAUCUCUUUGGUCUUGUAAAUAUCCGAUUGAAGAAUUUUGUUUCUUUUAUGGUAAACCUGAAUAUGUAGUUAGCUCGUAUAUACUUUGUUAGUAUUAUAUGUUUCGCGAACAAUAUGAUAAUAUGUACAUUCGUGUAUAAUACGAUACAAUUAUAUAUAAAAAAUGACUGAAAUAUUACUA